AAUCCCAGAAGAUAUCUGUCCUCAGCGAGAAGGUUUCGACAAAGAUUGUGAGCAACGAUGUCAACGUGAAUAUCCUCAUCGACUAUCGAGUGGAUGUCAUUUGAGGAGCACAGGAACCCUGCUCUCGUUCUUCGGCAUCAAAUCAUUUAUCUGUAAAUGUCAGCUACCCGAACAAUUUUGCACGGCUGGUGGUCUUGCACAAGACGUGCAUCGGUAUAGUGGAUUUCAAUGA